AGAAAAUGGCGAACUUUGCUUUUCAUUUUCCAAAUUUGACAUUAAUUUUCUGUUGAAAUUAAAACGGAGAUAUUUUCUAAUUAAAAAACGAUAGGCUGUAAUAAUAUGCAGUUAUCAAAACAACAUUUAAUCAACUAAAAAUUGACAUGUGCGUUGUUUAAAAUCUAAAUAUGAAUAUGUCGUCUGCCAUUGCGUGUUGCUGAGGACUAAAGAAAAGCAACACCAUUGUGACAAAGUAUCGGCCAGUCGUAUGUAGGUACAUACUUAACAUCCGCCAACGAAUAUUGUUAUUGUUAAUUGAUUAAAGUAUUACUUUCAAAAACAAAACACCAAAAAAUCUUACCAUUCAAAUCUAAAAAGUGUAGAUUAUAUCAAAAGUUAAUGAAUUUCAAUGGGUAACCAGUCUGCGUAUCGUGAUGCGAAAAGCAACAACAAAUUUGCAAUUGUAGCUGCCAAUAAAUAUACCAGUACUUUUUUCUGACAAUCUAAUUCGAUUUGGUGUUCAGAGAUUGUGUUAACUGUGGGUGUGUGACUAAUUUUCUCAAAGAUUUAUUCGAAUAAUAUAUUUGACCGGGCCACAAUUUUUCAAAAAGGUUGAAAUUGAUGUGGAUUUAAAGAACGGCAAGUGGAGUUAUCAGGCCAAAUGCCAAUUUCGCAACUUUUUUCGAGAACAUUGAGGAAAAACCUAAUAUUUUAAUUCCAUAUAUAAAAACAUAAAUCCUAUGUAGAUUGGCAAAAUACAUUUCACCACGACCUUCAUAUACGACCUUUACUUUCUUGACAGUAGUUCUUUUAAUGAAAAAAACGUUUUCAUUGCGUUUUCAAAAACCCUUUAAACAAGUUAUUGCGAUACCUAUGAAUAUUAAAAUAAAAAACUAUUAACUUGCUGCUUUCGGGAAAGUGUAAAAUCCUUUGAAAAUAAUUUUAUUAACAUUAACUCAGACGGUGACGCCUGUAACAGCAGCAUUCAGCAGAAAAAAUAAAAGCUGUUUUUGAGAAAAUAUCUCAAAUUGAAGCAACCAUGUCUUAGUUGGGUAUGCGAGAUUUAGUAAAAAGUUUGCUAAACCCAAUGAAAUGGAUAUGAAAAAAAUUCCAAAAUCACGAAUGGAAGAUUUUGAGCGUCGUCAACAGAGGGAACGUGAAAAACAUAAACGUCAGCAAGUGCAAAGUGUCGGCCGAGAGCAUGCCCUCUUUCCAGAACCGCGUAGAGUGAACCCGUCCGAGGUAGAUGACGAUAUCACCGCCAAACUGGGCGAUCAUUCUAAAGCCAUUGAGUUUAUGACUACGGAAGGAGUUGGUGUACAACCAUCCUCCAACAAUGCCUUGCUGGUUAGUCAUUUACAAUCAAGUGCCUCGUCCUCAGCUGGCGGCAAUAAUAUCGGUAACGUCUCUAUGUCCACCAAUUUAUUGUCUUCGCAUCGUUCGUUGGCUGGUUCACAGACUCUUCAGCAGACAACGCAACAAACUCAUCAUUACCAACAACCAUUGCGUCAACAACCGUAUCUGAAGCAGCAUGAUAACAAGCUACCAUAUAACGGGCGGGGAAGUUAUUCGGUUCAGUCGGCUAAAAAUGAUUUACGACCUAGCAGUGGAAUGGCACCACCAAAAGGUCCUCCACCUUUGUUACCACCACCAUCUGGAACUAUAGGCGGCAACACUGGAAAUAACAGCAGUUUAAAUUCAACAUCUUUGCUACCACCACCAUCGAAUGGGUAUUUGGGUCCUCCUAAAUCAACAGCACCUCUACACAAUGGACGGUUUCCUAAGCCAUUGCCGAAGUCAAUAAAUGAUAUAAUCUCCAAAGUGGAUCAAACUUAUCGCGCUCCUGAGCAAAUUACUAAAAUAGCCGCAACGCCCCGUACAAGUAUCGCUGAUUACAAUCUGAAUGGGCCUAAUCGCCACAAAUAUUCAGUUGGGCCGGUACAACCUAUUUUGGGUUCGCCACCUUCCGGAGCGGAAUUAUUACAGAGUGCGGUUCCAAUGCCCAUAACACCAAUCUCAGCUCUACCCGCAACCCCUAAUCCUCAGAUCAUAUCAAGCACUUGUGGGAUAACAACUAUUAGUAGCGGUAUGCCAGCAAUAAUGUCUGGUGCUAUCCCAUCGGCUGCUAUUGGUACUGCAGUGUUAAGUUCGCCGCUUGUGACUACAGCCGUUAGACAAGGAUUGUUAUUGUCUAAGGAGUCCUUAAAACCACUAAUGGAUCAAGUUGGACCAACUUUAGAAAAACAGAACUCCACGUUGGAAAACGAUUUGGAGCUUUCAGAAUCAGAUGAUGAUCGUCGAAAACAAAGUCGUUCAGUUCAUAAUUCCAGUGAUAGUUCACCCUCAGAUUCUAGUGAGUCGGGUAGUGAAGAAUCUUCAAAGAGUGAAAACCAUCGAUCUUCACUUGCGUCGCUUCAGCAACAAUCCUCAGCCCACAAUCCAAAAUCACUUACGCAAAAUUCACUUCAGCAACAGCAACAACAGCAGCCACAACAAACGGCUCCAUCAGUUGGACGUACAGUUGCAAAUAAACUCAUAAAUGAUAAGUCAAAGAUUAUUGAACCUCUUGGUGGUAGCCGUUCAAAUAUUUAUCUAAACAGUAAUGCUCUGGGUUCGGCGGGUUCUUCCAGUUCAGGGCCGAGUUCUACGUCUUCGUCAUCCAAUAAAACUCCUUCUCCGUCAGAUUCGAGUAAAUGGAAUUUAAGUCGAUAUUUUAAUAAAAAGCCUGCCUUAGCACAAAAUGCCACUCCACCACCAGCAAAUUCGCUGGUUGUAAAUUCAAUUAAUGUGAGCAUGGAUGAACCGACUCUUUUACCAGGUGGGGCUCAAAUAAUACCUGAAGCUACACAACCCCAACCUAAUCCCACGAUCGUGAAGCACGAAAAUACCAACUAUGGAGUAGCGAAAAAGUUCUCCGCACGCAGCGACGAUGAUGAUGAAGAGAGUACUGGUCUUCGUAAUUGCGAUACACGUAGCGUGAUGUCCAAUUCAAGUGGAGCUAAAACACAUAUUAGUGGAGGUGUGCCUGCGUUUAUAAAUGAAAUAAAAAAAGAAGCUGAUGUGCUUUAUCCAAGCUCAUUGAAAGCUACUUCCUCUGGUACAACACAGGCACAUGUUCAUGUCUCAUCCCAGCAACAACAAACGCAGGUACCUCUGUUAAAUGCUGCAGAAUUUGUUGCGAUACCAACGAGCCAAAUAAAACAUGAAGUUCCUGGUUUAACAGCAGUAGCAACAUCAACUGUUGCCCCAAUGUCUUUGGCGGGUGGUACUACCACUGUCACUCCUUACAACACUUCUACCAUUAGCGGGAAUGGACAUAGGCGCACUCCUUCCGCAUCACCACAUAUGCGUAACAGUGUUUCGGCGGGCUCGGUGAAGAGGCGUGUUGGCCAGUUAUCAGCGCCAUCCAGUGAUGGACCUACAUCGAACAGUAGUGAUGAUGAAGAUGCCCUGACAACAUCUACAAGGUCUACUGUACCAACAUUGGGUCCAGGUGGCACGUUAAAAAUACCUGGUGUACCCGCAGCUAUUACAGCAUUACCACCUUCAACGUCACAGCCAUUGGCAUCAGCGCCCACAGUUCCAAACUCAAUAACGGUCUUACCCAUCAAUCCUCUAACAAAGACAGCACCUUUACGUAAGCGAAAGAAACCUCGGAAUUCGGCAACCAGCAUUACAACGCAAUUGGACUCUAGUGACGAAGAAGAUAUGACAUCAGAUUUUAAAAGUGGUGGUGUGACAGUAAGCCCAUCUGAGCUGAGAGCAGUAACUGGCCCAGGAGGAAAACUGUACUCGGAACCAACGCCGGUAGUGCCUGCAAAGAAAGGACCAGGCCGGCCACGGAAAACUGCUGGCAGUGGAAGUGGAAAGAAAACCAAUACAACUCCGAUUGCUAUCGCUUCAAAAGGUCCUAAAUUAACAGCUAGCAAAGAUGUUAAUAGUGGUGCUUUGGUUGCUAAAAAGGCCACAACAAAAAGAAGAGCCUCUCGUCAAAAUUCAAAUUCGGCUGGUAUCAUCCCGAUAAAAUUACAUUCUCAGACUACACAACCGGCGACACUAACAAGCGUUCCAAUCAUUGAUACAUCUUCGUCCGGUUCAACAUCGUAUUCAACAUCGAAAUCCUCUAGUUCGUCUUCUUCGGAAACAGAAUGUGAAGAUGGGGUUAUAAGCGGUUCAUCAUCCGGUGAUGAUAAUAAAAAUAAAGUCGCAGGUGCUACAAAAACAAAACGCAAUAUAUCGGCGCGGCCAACAGCAGCAGCAGUAACCCCAGCGUCAACAUGUUCAGUCGCAGCAAACGUAUUGCCCGCUUCUACUAGUCGCAUUAUAGUUCAAUUGAAUAGACGUAAAUCUUCACAUGAUGAUGUCCCGCCAAUAGCAAUAUCGUCAGUAAGCACCGGUGGUUCGGCCAAGAUGGCAAAUAGUGGUAAGCGAAAGAGGUCAACGUCACAUUUCACUCAGGCCGAUGAGGAGGCUGAUAGUGAUGAUGAAUCAUCAGAUUCCGGAUCUGGUUCGUACGGCAGUUCGGUCAGGAAUUAUAACGCAGGUGCAACGGCAGUUAAUUCCGUAACACAUGGUGGCAAUACCAGUGGUGGCAGUUCACAUCGCUCUCAGAAUAUGCAAUCGCCAUAUAAAGUGCCCAUUUCAGCGGCUCCUGUGUCUAGUUCGACUUCUAGUUCAAGUAGCGUGUCAUCGUCAUCAUCGAGUAGCAGCAGUGGGGAUGAACAUUUUGAUACAGAGCCUGGUGCAUCCGUUAGUAAUCGAGGCAAAAGUAAGCACAGUAAGACUGGUACGAAAGUUACUACUAAUAUCAGCAGCAGUUCCAAUAGUUCGAGACUGCGUCGUGACAAGCCCAAAGCAAGCGAUAAGAAUAAGAAUGUUACGCUUACGCGUAUUUUUAAUCCAGAAGGCGGUGCCAAAAAGCAAGGUCAGGUGCUGGUCAUCGACGAGCAGCAGCAACAAAAGUUGAUAUCUCCCAAUGCCUCUGGAUAUAGAACUACAGUGUCCGCCAGCUUAACGUUAUCUAAUAGCCAAGAGAAUCUCGUUGCAACCGCCACAGUUGUUAAUUCACAAUCACCUAGGCUAACUCCCGGUCAUAUAAAAUCACCACGUGCUUUGCCUCAACUGGCAGCAGUUGGGUCGCAUCGCACACCGGAUCGCAGUAGUCGAAAUAGUGCUGAACGGAAAGUGCAACAGCAACGCAUUAGAACGCCGUCUUGUACACCUACUCGCACUCCACCUUCAACCCGCACGCCAACACCUACACCGGCAUCAUUACUGUCAGCCCCAACGGCAUCACCUAUGAGAACAACAGCAACGUUGUUGCCUAAUUUCCCAUCCCUUUUAUGUAAAGUUGAUUUAUCUCGACUUAAACGCAUUUUACCAGAGUGGCGUACAAAUACUUAUCGGCUUUCUAAUACUACCAUAUCCCGUUGUGCCCAACACGAAGCAAUAUUAAAUGCUGAUUUGCAAGCAACAUCAACCAUAACUGGUAGCGGAAGUGGCAACAGAACACCUACAACUCCAAACUGUCCGACGGAGCGGGAACUAUCGCAUUCCAGGGAAAGUUUGGUUGGUAUUGGUGUUAGUGGAAGCAAACAAAGACUGAACACAAUGCAUUCAAAUGGCCGCCUGAGCAAUCUUUCCACAGAUGGUGGUGGUAGCGGUGGUACAACCCCCAAACCACAGCCUCAACUUACACCAAAUGGUUACAACUUAAUUACGAAUGCAUCAAAUAGUUCACCCUCUACUAAGCAGCUAUUAAAACAUGAGCAAUUAAUCAAAAAUGAACCAGGCUCUGAAUUAGAGAGUGUAUCCAUCGCGCCACAACCUAAAGCUGACGCUUACUGCAGCGAAACUAAGUUUAAAACAAGCGGCUCAGUUAAACAAGAGCUUCUACUACUUAAGCAGGACUGUAAGCCUGGUUUAACUCCACAAAUCGCUUUUGUAUCCGCUGAUAAGGAAGACGAUCGGCCUGAUGGGUCACCAACCUCACAGCAAAUGCGCGUAAACGAUAUAACUGAGCCAAAAUCGCAACGGCGCAAACGUAGCGCCAGCUCGAGUCCAUACAAAGACAAAAAGCGGAAAAAGGAUAAAAUGGACAAAUAUUCCAAAGAUGGUAAAGAUAUGAAGGAGGGGAAGGAAAGUGAUGCCGGUAGUGCUCCAUUAUUAACAAUACAAGAUAAAGAAAAGGACGUUGGGAAAUCGAUAACUGCUUUGGGAGCUAUUGAACGUGAAAUAGGAAGUAACGCUAUUAGCAGUGGUCAUGCUGGUGUAAAUGACACAUGUAGACGUGCGAUUGCUAUAAUUCCUCCACUUGGAAUGAACAACAAUGGGCAAAUGGAGAAUGAUCAUCAAAUGGAAAAUCGGCAGUUAGCUCCUACCAACCACGAUCGAUUACUGGCGGUGCGACAAAUGCAGCAACAACAGCAUCUCACUAAUGUUACGGCUUCGAAUGGCUCACAAAAUCUAGCGAACACCCAAACAGCAAGUAAUAAUUUACAUACAGUAACGACUGCAGAUAUUGGUGCUAGUAAUAUACUAGUGCCACCUGAAAAUCUAAACGCUCCAUUAGCACCACCACCGCAAGCGAUAUACCGAUCAUAUUUUGAACGCGAUGAUGAUGGACUCUGUGAUGAUAUUGGGAAAAAUUCGAAAUUCCUACAGGAAGCAGUCAAGAGAAAGCACGCGGCCGAUAGGGAACAAAAUCUAUUCAACCAAGUAACUCUGUAUUUGGAGGCUGUUAUAUAUUUUAUUCUAUCUGGAGCAGUACUAGAACUGCAUCGUAAUUCGGAGGACGCCAGUUGGGUUAUGUACAAGGAUACACUAAAUUUAAUUAAGUUUAUUUCAUCGAAGAUUAAGCAUUUGCAAGUUUCAUCUACAUCUAAUGAACUCCAUGAACCGCACAACAAAGUUGCUAUCUUAAGUUUACGUUGCCAAUCUCUAAUCUCGUUAAAACUAUAUAAAUUGAAACGAAACUAUUGUCGGAAUAUCAUCAACCACUGCGCAGAUUUUUUAAAAAGUGGUCGGGUGGAGCAUCUUAAUGGUAAUACACCUUCAUCUAACUCGCCAUCGAACUCAGUUUGUUCACAGGGCUCUGGUUCGAAUACACCUCCCGGACGGGGUAUGCGGCAAGAUAUUCAGAUCACAUUAAAUCACCAAAAUUUGUACUUCAAUUAUUUGGCUAAUUGUCACGAUUUAUGGGAUCAAGCGGAUCGACUUGUACGGCAAGGAAACCAUACUGACUUCUUUAUAGCAUUGGAUCGUGAAAAUGGACCUCUUACGCUACACACCUCCAUGUAUGAUUUGUUUCGUUAUAUACAAUCGGGUCUUAAGAAGCUGAAAAGUGCGAAUACCACCACCACGACUUCUGCGUCUACUACAACUAAUACCAGUGGAUGCAGCGAUAGUGUGACUAUAACCGACAAUGCCUCAGUGGCUCAUGUUAAUACUACUACCACACUUAGUAACACCACACCCACCAUCAACAAAAGCGCCAGCGCCAUAAGUUCGGUAACAUUGCAACCGCAGUAGUAAUGAAAUUGGUGGUAUAUGCCUUUAUAGAUUUACUUGGGUAUAUGUGCUAUUAUUUUUCCCAUUAAACAUCCAAGAAACUUCUUAAUCGCCACGGAAAAAGAACGUAGUUGCAUUUCUUAUUCUCUAACUUAGAAUUUAGGCAUUAAAAAGGCUUUCGUGCUAUAUAUAUACAUAUGUAUGUAUAUAUGUAGAUUUGGACGAGUGAGUGGCAGGCACAUCCUUGCUUGUUGGUCAUGAAGUUCAUUAGCAAAACAAAGUGUUACAGUUUAUAAUAAUAUUGUUUUUAUUAUUACAUUAUUAUUGCUAUAUACAAUUAACCCAAACAAAUUUAUCAUUAAUAACGCUUAAUUUAAAAAGAAGAAAAAAUACCUGUUUUUCCUAUUUACAUGUAAAGAACUUUUAACAUCAUAAUUCUUAGUUUAUUUAAAGUUCUUCAUUUUGCAAAGGUGUAUAUAUAGAGGAAAUUAAUAAAAAAUAUUAAAGAUAUCACACGUUUUGUAAAUAUUUAGCUUGCAAUGAAGCAAAUGUUAUUACAAUCAUUACUUUAUUUCUGUUUUAAUUAUUUUAAUUUAUUUAUACAAGGGGAUACAAACCACGGUUAGAAAUUUGGCGGAAAUUAUAAUUGUUUAUUUUAUUGCAUGAAAUUGUACUCAAAUACAAGUUUUGAGGAUUUUUUGAAUUUCUCAUAUUACAAUAAGAAAUAUAUAUAGUUCAAUGAUAUAUAUUUUUCACAUCACACACUUACAUAUAUGUCUUGUUUAUAGUUACAACCCUCGGGUAACAUGAUUUUGGAUUUAAAAUUAUUAACUUUUAAAAAAUGGUUGCUGGUCCUUGGGUCGCAUGUGAUAAAUAAAAGAACACAUUUAUUUAAAGAAUAUGUUUACAAACAGACUAAAAAUAACUUUACAAAAUCGAUAAUUAUUGAUUUAAUAAUUUUUGCCAAACUAUAGUUAAUCUUAUUUUAUUAUAAGAGAAUAUAUUUUGUUUAUUUUGCUAUCUUUCGAAACACCAUAUUUUUAAAUGACAUGUACGCACGAUUAAAAAUAUAAGAUGACGAUUAGUAAAAAUAAAUUUAAGUAUGUUACCAACGUGCCUAUGCGGUCCAGCAAUCGAAAUAUUUAUUUAGAUUGGAGAAAUAUAGAAAUAUAUGGAAUUAAGAAAUAAAAUUGCCAAAAUAAUUUACAUGUUCUCAUCAAA